AUGGGAGGUGGUUCAGGUGGCAAUGCAAAUACAUAUGAUAGUCGGGUGGAUGUUGCCAGGUACAUGCCACCUCAAAUUGCUAGAUGUGGUUUUCCAGCUUAUGCUAGUAAUGGUGAUGGCUAUGGUCGCUAUGGUGUUGGUGGCUAUGGUAGUGCCAAUGCUGGAUACAGUGGGCCUGCUGGGGCCUAUGCGAACCCUAAUGCUCCAAAUGCUGGGUAUGUAAGUGGUCCUAGUGCCCCUAGAAGCCCAUGGAGCAAUCAAGCUCCUACUGGUUUUGUAGGUUAUGGGUCUACUGCUCAUUGGAAUGCUCCCAGUGGUGCUGCUGGUGUUGGUAAUGCUGUUUAUGCCCCAACAGGUCAGUCCCCGAGUGGGGCUGCCAAUUAUGGGAAUCAUGGUUAUGAGUAUGGUGGUUAUGGUGGGGGUGAUGGAUCUUAUGGUAAUCCAAGCAGCUAUGGUGCUAUUGGAGGGCAUGCUGGCAGUGCCCCAAAUAGCAGUUCUGGUGCUGGAGCUGGUGGUGGAGAGCAACAGGGAGCAGGUGGUGGCUACAUUGGAAGUGGCUAUGGUGAUGCUAAUGGGAAUCCAGGGUAUCCGAAUGCAGUCUGGAGAUCUGAUGCUUCACAAGCUAGGAGUUACUCCAUUGUCACGCCACCAAUAGGAACAAACAAAAAAAUAAUACAAAUGCAUAAAAACUUACCUCUCCUGAGAUGA